AAUAGUUAUACCUAUACUUGACACGUGCCCUUUUAUCGAUCCAUAUACCUACCAUCCUUAUCGUUAGCGCUAACUUUCGUCGGAUCGCGAAUAGAACGGUGCACGGUGACCGGAGUCACUGUUGUGCGUGCCGAUAUUUAGGACGUCGUGAACCCACGUACGUGGAGAUCUGACUAAACUGGACGACGGUUUCGACGGAACGGUAUAUUAUGCAAUUGCGACACUCGUGCACGUUAUAGGCCGAUCGGUCUCCGGUGCGGUCGGCCUCCGGAUUCGUAUACCGAAACGCUCGCGUUACAGUUCUCUCGCGGACGAAGCGGUGACCUCGAGCGGGACAGUCGUCGUGACUCGUGAUACGUUUGCGAUCCGUUAUAGGUUAGGUCUGACGACGAUGUCAACUGUCAUUGUUAUAUUAUUAUCAUAUAGUACGCAAAGGCGAACGGAAUUUCAUCGAAUUUGGCGUGUGAUACGCGGGGGGGGGGGAGCUAGCGUUAUCCAAAAUAAAUGGGCUCGCGACCGACCCACAACAGCUCCACCGACCCUCGGUCGUCCGCCCGAGUGCACAGUGCACCCGUGCUGUGAUCGCGUGCGUCGAGUAAAUGGGUGAUGGGUGAUGGGUUACGACGACGUUACAUUCUUCGGAACCCGAACCAGACCUAACCCGGUCGAAAGCGACCGUCGGGCGCGCUUGGCGUUUUGGCCGGCCGAGACGUCGUCGUGACGGCGUUCGAACAGCGACCGAUGGAGCGUGCAUGUACAUGACUACAGUAUGGGUGCGACCCAGCGGAGCGGCGAUUCCGUCGAGCGGAGGCGGCCGUGUCCGUUCACGUUGGCACGACUGCAACAGCCGCCGCAAUCGCGGUUGCCGGCCGCCGGUUUGUCGAUUCGGCUUUCGGCGAGGCCGUCGUCGUCGCCGCCGCCGCCGCCCGCGUGUAGCGGCGGAGCGGGUAAACGUCCGGUGAAACGCGCGUAAACAACACGCACGAACCACGUCGUUCCGAACACCCGUGCCCGUCAGUGUCCCCGUCUCGCAGAGUAAGACGUACCCACACGGAUGGUACGAAACGGUUUGGGUAAAUCUAAAUCGUAACGACGAGUAUAGUGUUCCGGGCGGACCUGCACAACCUCCCCCGGCGGCGCGUCAACCAUGUCCGGCAAAGGAUCGCUGGAAGUCAGUCGUCUGAUAGCCGAGGUGUACCGGAGACCGGAGCUGUGGGACCGGCAACACCCUCAACACCACAACAGGUCCGUGCUGGACCUUCACUGGGAUUCCGUGGCCGCCCUGCUGGGAAUCACCGGUAAAGCUGCCAGAGGGAAAUGGAAAAACUUAAAAGACCAUUUCCGUAAAGAGUACAAAAGAUGUAUGACUAGUAUAGAAAGUGAUCAAGAAAUGUCUAGAUGGCCAUAUUUUCAUUCUAUGAUGUUCAUCAAAGAUCAGAUCUCACACACCGUCACAAAUUCAGCAUACCUGUCAGAUUUACAAUAUCAAAACAUAUAUCCAGAAGUGGAAUUAAAAGAAGAAGUGUCGGACGAAGAAAAUCCCUUAAACUGUCUUAACAUAGAGUACGACAAUCAAAAUUCAAUUGAAGUGAAAUCAGAGUACUCGAAUCAAGAUGAAAAUAUUUCUGAUGACAAACAUUUCUUAUUGAGUCUUUUACCGAUGUUAUCCACACUACCAAUGGAUAAAAAACUCGUAGCUCGCAUAGCAAUCGAAACGUCCUUGCUCAACAUAGCUUAUCCAGAUCUGAAUACAGUGGAAAAUGUUCACACUGAAAAAACUGAUACCACACAAACAUCGCCAAAAAAGACUGACAAAAGAAAAAAAAUGACCGAAGAUGAGCGACGACCAAAGAAGCGUUUGGUAAAUUCAAAAAAAAUUUGUUGAUAUUCAUUAUCUAUUUAAUUAACUAUGUUUAUAAUUAAAAUUAUAUUAUUUGUAAAUAAUAUUAUGUUUUUUCUUUGUAUUAUUAUUAUUUUUUGUAAUAAAUUUGAAUCAGGUUAUAAAUAAAUAAUAGUUUCGCUUGUUUUA